CUCCGGGGGUGGGCAAGGAUGCGGAGCGUUGCGUGGAAAGGGCUCUUUAAAAGCUGCGGAGCUGCGGAGAGGGGCCGGGACAGGAGGGCCGAGGGGGCCGCCCGGGAGGGCGUGGGGGAGCCGCUCGGGGCGGGGAGUUCCUCUCCGUUCUUACGUCUGUCAAAGGAGCGGCAGACGCCGCGGAGAGAGAUAAAGCAAAAGGCGAGCGGAGGGCCGGGGGCAGACUCGACAGCCACCGCGAUGGGAAGCAGCUCCCCGCAGCGCCGGCCCUAUUAGAGGUGGGGGGGCCCGGCGGGACGCGGACGGUCCCGGAGCACGGAGCGGGACGGAAGGAGGCCGCCCGCUUUUCCUCGCGGCAGCCGAAGGCAGCUUUCCCCCCGCGGCCCCCCUUCUGCAGCCGGGCUCGGAUUUAGGGAUAAAGUGGGAGGAGGAGGAGGAGGAGAAGGAGGGAAAGGGGUGGUGGGGGGGGGUCGCUGCCAUUUGUUUAUCCGCUGAGGGGUGAAGGCUCCCGGUGGAAACAAACCCUGCCGGGGGCCGAGAGGAGGAGAAGGAGGAGGAGGAGGAGGAGGAGGAGGGUCGGGGGGGAUCGCGGCGAGCCCCCAGCAGCGCGGUGGCCUUUUGGGGGGGCGCGUGGGGGGGGUGGCGGAGGAGGGCCGGGGCUGGCCGCCGCGGAGCUGCCCGUAGAUGACUGCAGAAGCGCAGCAGGCUCUGUCCUCUCAGCCCCCUCCUCCCGCUGUGCACAGCAGCUACGGCCCCAUGUCCUCCGUGGCCGAGAAGCAGCCGCAAAACUCGGCCAUGGACGCCGCCUCCGCCGCUCCCUCCGGGCCGGGCGGCAACAGCGCUCCGGGCAGCGGCGGAGCCCCGGGCAGCGGCGGCCCUAAAGCGAAGAAAACCAACGCGGGGAUCCGGCGGCCGGAGAAACCGCCCUAUUCCUACAUCGCUCUCAUCGUCAUGGCCAUCCAGAGCUCGCCCUCCAAACGGCUGACCCUCAGCGAGAUCUAUCAGUUCUUACAGAGCCGCUUCCCUUUCUUCCGCGGUUCUUACCAGGGCUGGAAAAACUCCGUUCGCCACAACCUCUCGCUCAACGAGUGCUUCAUUAAGCUGCCCAAGGGGUUGGGCCGCCCGGGUAAGGGCCACUACUGGACCAUCGACCCGGCCAGCGAGUUCAUGUUCGAGGAGGGCUCGUUCCGCCGCCGGCCCCGCGGCUUCAGGAGGAAAUGCCAAGCGCUGAAGCCCAUGUACAGCAUGAUGAACGGGCUCAGCUUCAACCACCUCCCCGACAGCUACAGCUUCCAGGGAUCGGCCGGAGGGCUCUCCUGCCCUCCCAACAGCCUCUCCCUCGAAGGGGGCUUGGGCAUGAUGAACGGCCACUUAGCCGGCAACGUGGACGGGAUGGGCCUUGCGGGACACUCCGUGCCCCACCUGCCCUCCAACGGCGGGCACUCCUACAUGGGCAGCUGCAGCGGUUCCUCGGCGGGGGAUUACCCGCACCACGAGAGCUCCGUGCCCGCCUCCCCGCUGCUGCCCGGCGGAGGGGUGAUGGAACCGCACUCGGUUUAUUCCAGCUCGGCCUCUGCGUGGGCUCCCUCCGCCUCGGCCGCCUUAAACACGGGAGCUUCCUACAUCAAGCAGCAGCCUCUGUCGCCUUGCAACCCCGCGGCCAACCCGCUGUCCUCCAGCCUUUCCACGCAUUCCCUCGAUCAGCCCUACUUGCAUCAGAACAGCCACAACACCGCUGAGCUUCAAGGCAUCCCGCGGUAUCACUCCCAGUCUCCGAGCAUGUGCGACAGAAAGGAAUUCGUCUUCUCUUUCAACGCUAUGGCCUCCUCCUCCAUGCAUUCAGCGGGCAGCGGCUCCUAUUACCACCAACAAGUGACAUACCAGGACAUCAAGCCGUGCGUUAUGUGAGACGGGGCGGAAAAGCCACCAUCACCUCCCGGAGGCCGCCGAGACUGCAGGACCGGACCCUAUGCAGAGAGAAUAAGGCACUUUGAAAAGAGACAGCCACGCUCCUUCUGUUAUUUAUUCUACAUUGUCGUCGUCGUUGUUGCUAAUAAUGGAGACACGAGGAGUCUCAGUUGAUCAGUAUUAAAGCGGUGGAGCUCUGUUGGCAAUAUUUGCCAUAUAGAUGUUGGGUUUUGUUGUUGUUGUUAUUUUUUUUUUUUUUUUUAGUUAACCUCUGUAAAUUUUAAACCGACCCCGGUCUCUGUGUAAAGACAAUCCUCCAUAUGUUUUUAUAGAAAUAUAUAUAUAAUGAAGGAUUAUCCCCCUCUGUUCCCCAUCUUUUUUUUUUUUUUUUUUUUUGCCCUGACUUUGUACAGUUCGGUGUCACCUAUUUUAAUUCCUUUCUGCACUGUAUAAAACUGUAAUGAUGUGGUUGGUUUUAUGUUCUAUUUUAUUAUUUUGGUUUUUUUUUUUUUGCCCUUGCCCUUUUGUGUACGUUUUGUCCCUAGAGAGAAAAAAAAAAAGAGAGAAAAAAAAAAAUCGAACCGAAAUAAAACAUGUAUGGUCUUUGUAUGUGGGCUUCACGACUGUAUGAGCAGCAAAUAAACGAGCAAUGCGGUGUGAGACGCCGAGUUCUAUCUGAGGA